AUGGCGAUGGCCGCGCGGCCACAGACCCCCGUGCAGGAUGCAUACUCGAUCCCGCACCCAAAUGAGACGGGGACCCUGAUCCGCGGGUAUAGCACCAUGCGUUCCUCCUCAUCGCGACCCAACUCCUAUGCCGGCACCGGCUCCGCCUACUACAAUCACCCCGAACAACCAUCCCAACUCGCCCAUAACCCGCGCUUCAAGGAGGACUUUGAGACUGCCAGUCGUCGCAGCUCGGUCCUGCUGGACGGUCCCUCCGGUGCCAGUACUGGGAUGCAACGCUCAGCCUCACUCAUGUCCCCGGGCCCGUCGCGAUCAGGUACACUCCGCAAGAAGGCCUCCUUGAGCAAGAAAGGCAGUUUGCGACGCAAUGGGAGUCGCCGCUCCAUGCGCGCAGGCAGUGUUCGCAGUCUCAGCCUGGGUGACCGAGAGAAAUAUCACUCCGAGGGCGUGGAUGACGUGAACAGCGCAUUCAUGGUUCCCAUCCCGACCACCGGUAACCCGACGGAGGUGUUGGCCAACCGCUUUCAAGCAUGGCGCAAGAUCCUGAAGGAUCUGAUCAUCUUCUUCAAGGAAGUACAAAAGUCCUACGAAACCAGAUCGAAACUCUUCCUCUCCGCCUCCCAUGUCAUGAACAACCAGGUCACUCCCCCGGCCUUCCUACAAUCUGGCGGUCUCGCCGAUGCGACUGAGAUCCUCCAAAAUUUCCACCGUCAAGGAUAUACUGAGGCCAACAAGGCUGUCGAGGUGGAGGUUGAGGUGAUCAGUCAGUUGACGGGUCUCCGCAGCGAUCUCCAGAAGAAGACCAAGGAAAUCAAGAGUCUCUCCGCGGACUUUAAAAACACCGUGGAGAAGGAGAUUGACGGUACCCGCAAGGCCGUGCGCAAUCUGCAUGAGUCGCUGGGCCUGGUGGACACUGAUCCCUCGGCCACCUCCGGCAAAGGCGAUCCGUUUUUGAUGCGUCUGAAUGUUGAGCGACAGGUGGAAAAGCAGAUCGAGGAGGAGAAUUACCUUCAUCGGGCAUACUUGAACCUGGAAAACUCCGGCCGCGAACUCGAAUCGAUCGUCGUCAGCGAGAUCCAAAAGGCCUACAACGCCUACGCUAGCAUCCUUAAGAGGGAAGCUGACGAGGCUUACGAUACGGUGGAGAAGCUGCGUGCGGGACCCAUUUCAAUGCCGCAAGACCACGAGUGGAAUGCCUUUGUCGCCGGCACCGACGAACUCGUUGACCCGCGCAUCCCGCUACGAAACGUCGAGAACAUCACCUACGACGGCAAAGAUCACCCAGCGGCAGCGGAAGUGCGCGCGGGUAUGCUAGAGCGCAAGAGCAAGUACCUCAAGAGUUACACUCCUGGUUGGUACGUGCUGUCGCCGACACACCUGCACGAGUUCAAGUCGGCCGACCGCGUGGAGUGGCAGACUCCCGUCAUGUCGCUGUAUCUGCCAGAGCAGAAGCUGGGCUCCCAUUCGCAGGAAGACUCCAGCUCUCAUAAAUUCAUGUUGAAGGGCCGGCAGACCGGUGCCAUGCACCGCGGCCACUCGUGGGUGUUCCGAGCCGAGUCCCACGAGACCAUGAUGUCCUGGUUUGAUGAUAUUGAGAGCCUCAGCAAUAAGACGGGCGAAGCGCGUAAUGCCUUUGUGCGCCGACACGUGCGGAGCGUGAGUGGUCGCUCGACCCACAGCGAGGUGAUGGAGGACGACGAGGCGGAUCGGACCCCGUACUCCGCCGAGUCCGUGGUUCUGGGACAGGAACGGCCCACCUCAGCCACCCGCCAGCCCGGCGGGGCCUUCCCGAGUGACGUCCAGAUCGAUCGACACCUCCAGGCGCCACUCUCCCCAUCCAGCGGCGACAGCUCUGGCAGAGACAUGAUCGCUGCCGCCGAGGGCCUUCCAGAUGGCACUGGUGCCGCGGGUGCAUCGCGAUUUUAUGGCGGUCACGAGUCUGCCACCGCGUCUCCACAGCCCGUCAAUGAUGACGGUUCGAUCAGGGUGGACCGAUCGCGGUCCCGGAUGAGUCGCCAUGACAGCUACUACGGGGACUGGAUCGGUCCUUCCGCGAUUGUCGCCCAGCAGAAGAAGAGCCAACUGUCGGAAACAGCGAACGCGGACGCUCGCGAGAUCCGAUCGGACGGAGACCACAACUCUGUCGUGGCCAUGUCAGGCGUUCUAGAAAACGCAGGCCGCCGUGAAUCUUCUGCACCGGCUCAGGUGGCUCGUCGAGAGAGUGUGUCUACGGUGCCAACCAACACCAACGGUACCGACUACACCAACAACACGAUGGCCACCUCUCUCGACGAGACCCCUGAGUUCAUCAAGAACGGCGCUGCGGUGGCCAGCGGUUCCAUACCCACCAAGAACUACGAGGAUGGGUACGCAGUACCUGGCCCGACCAACACGGGUCCUGAACUGAGCCUGCCCAAGCGGGACAGCGUCGUGGCCAUUGACAUGAAGAUUCCUGGUCGUUAUCCCCCGACCAACGUGGCCGCAUGA